AUGCAACCCCUGACGCUGUUUCCACCCACCACCUUAAUCGUCGGUGACAGCAUCGCACGAGGUAUCCGUUUUUUCAAUGCCAUCACUCGUUCUUUCCCUGGUGCAACUGUCGCCGACAUCACGACAAAACUCCCUGGUUUUCUCCAGUCACUUCCUCCCUCUAUCCAUCGUAUCAUUGUUCACGUCGGCACCAACGACACGGCUCACAAACAGUCUGAACUGACCAAAAGGGACUUCAAAUCACUUCUCCACAUCCCUCAGUGCACCGGCAAAUCUUUUUUUUUUAAGAGGAUCUGCUACCAACGCUAA